GAGAAACAAUUCGAAGCUGCAACCUUGGAGGGUACGAAAUUCCGGCCAAAACCUUAGUUUAUGUGAAUGCAUGGGCAGUUGGAAGGGAUAAAGAAGCUUGGGGCUCAAACCCAGAAGCGUUCCGACCUGAAAGAUUCUUGGGUAGUUCCAUUGAUUAUAAAGGUCAAGACUAUGAACUAAUACCAUUUGGGUCUGGUCGGAGAAUUUGCCCCGCAAUAUAUAUGGGAGCUGCAACAGUGGAGCUUGCGCUGGCCAAUCUGCUUUACAAAUUUGAUUGGAAAAUGCCUGCCGGGAUGAAGGAGGAUGAUUUGGAUUUUGAUACAACCCCUGGGAUUACAGUGCACAGAAAGAAUGCUCUAUGUCUUUUAGUUAGGGAGUUCAAAGGAGAGUAGAAGAUUUAUCGUUGUAAGUUGUAAGUAGUUAGGACUGAAAAAAUGUUGCUCCCUUACUGAAAUAUCGUUCAAUAGAUAAAAAAAAGAAAAAAAAAAUAGUGCUUGAAAUACAGGGUUGAUAUUACAUACUGAACUAGGAGGAGUGCUAGAGGAAUAUUGUAGAAAGCUCCUAUAUAUCCAGAUUUGAUGUUAGCAUACCGCAGCAUGUUCGUAGAAGAGGGUAACAGAGUAGCGCAUGAGCUUGCAAGAAGGGCAGCUGUCAUUGAGGAGGAUGAAUGGUAAGUAGUGGAGGUUCCAGUGGAAAUUAUGUAGUUUGUAGCACAUGAUAUGAUUACCAUGUAACACCUUAUAUUUUCAUGUAAUAAUAUGAAAUAUUCACA